UCAAGCCAAACAUGCUUGACAUUGCUGGGAAACCGUGCGGGCGUCGAUGCCGCAGCACUCGUCUCGUUUCUCAGCUCUGAUUUUUUAAUUGUGUGUUGUAUUUUUUAUUUCUUAUAUGAAAAAAAAAAAAAAAAAAUCGCGUUCACCGUCCUGCGCCGGAGCACAUCCUGCCCGUCAUCUCGUCUUGUGGCAGAUUUCUGCUGAUGCAGGGAUGUCUGGGAAUGCCAAGGGCUCGGUUAUUGCCCCUUAAUGCAUCUCUCUCCGAGCUGCAGCGCCACAUCUCCUCCUGCGGUUUGCUCAUAUGCCGUUCGCUCUGCUCACCGCCGUGCCGCUGCCAAAGCAACCUUGGGGCUUUGCAGCACAGCAGUUCCCCUCUUUUCGCUCUUUUGUUUAUUUAUUUACAAUUUUUGUUGGUUUUUCUUCCCCCACCACCUCUCGUCUUUGAAUUACGCAGCUCUCCUCUCCGACUCGUCGUAUUUUAAGAUUGCAGCUUAGAUGACUCGCUCCUCCGGGUGCCAGGCUGGUGCAACUUAAAAGUUUCACACCUUAAAAGCCUCUGCUGCUGCUGCUGCUGCUGCUGCUGCUGCUGGUGGUGCUGCUGCUGCUGCUCUGGUGUUGGAUGAUUCUGCUCAAAGCUGUUCAGGACUUCUCAAGAUCAAACCACGAAGCAGCAGCAGCGACUGCUUCACAUGCACUGGGGAGCUGCAAUGGUCAAGUCAGCGAGAGCCGCAGUGGAGCCGCACUGAGGCAAAGCAGCCAACCGCCCCCCCCACUCGCAACUGGGGACGCCUCCAACGAUCUGUGGGGUGUGGGAAGCUGAGGAGUGGAAAAAUUUCUCCCAACCGUGAAUGCCUGGCCAGUCAGACUAACCGACACCCCUCCGCGAUUCCUGCUCUGUCUCUUGCUCCGCUGCGUCCUCUUUCCCCCCGAAAAUGACCGUUGUGGCGGGGGACAACAUGGACGAGACCUCAGCCGUCCCGGGACACCCUCAGGACACCUACCCCCCGGAUCACAAUGACCACGAGUGUUGCGAGAGAGUGGUCAUCAACAUAGCUGGCCUCCGGUUCGAGACGCAGUUGAAAACUCUGUCACAGUUUCCAGAGACUUUGCUCGGUAACCCCAAAAAGCGGAUGCGGUACUUUGAUCCCCUGAGAAAUGAAUACUUCUUUGACCGGAACCGGCCCAGCUUCGAUGCAAUCUUGUACUACUACCAGUCAGGGGGCCGGCUAAGAAGGCCGGUAAACGUGCCAUUGGAUAUGUUCUCAGAAGAAAUCAAAUUUUAUGAGCUGGGAGUGGACGCGAUGGAGAGGUUUCGUGAGGAUGAGGGUUUCAUCCGAGAGGAAGAGCGUCCGCUGCCUGAGAAGGAGUUCCAACGUCAGAUCUGGCUUCUUUUCGAGCAUCCAGAAAGCUCAGGCACCGCAAGAGGGAUCGCCAUUGUGUCUGUGAUGGUGAUCCUCAUUUCCAUUGUCAUAUUUUGUUUGGAGACUCUACCACAGCUGAAAGAAGACCCGAUGGGUCGAAUCGAGACAUACGGGAACAUUACAAUACGCAUCAAACCAAAUAUUCUUACUGACCCCUUCUUUGUCAUUGAGACUCUCUGUAUAAUUUGGUUUUCGUUUGAGUUGAUAGUACGCUUCAUGGCAUGCCCCAGCAAACCGGCCUUCUUCAAGAACAUGAUGAACACGAUUGACAUUGUGGCCAUUAUCCCAUAUUUCAUUACACUCGGCACCGAGUUGGCAGAAGACCCAGAAAACGAAGGGGUGGGGGAGCAAGCGACUUCUCUGGCCAUUCUCAGGGUGAUCCGUCUGGUCAGGGUGUUUCGGAUCUUCAAGCUAUCGAGACACUCCAAGGGACUUCAGAUCCUGGGGCAGACCCUUAAGGCCAGCAUGCGAGAGCUGGGAUUGCUGAUCUUCUUCCUGUUCAUUGGAGUCAUCCUAUUCUCCAGCGCCGUCUACUUCGCCGAAGCCGAGGAGCCAGAUUCUCACUUCGGCAGCAUCCCGGACGCCUUCUGGUGGGCCGUCGUGUCCAUGACAACUGUGGGUUACGGGGACAUGGUCCCAGUCACUAUCGGGGGCAAGAUUGUCGGAUCUCUGUGCGCGAUCGCUGGAGUCUUAACAAUUGCCCUCCCAGUGCCUGUCAUUGUAUCCAACUUCAACUACUUCUACCACAGAGAGACGGAGGGAGAGGAGCAGGCCCAGCUUCUCAAUGUCAGCAACCCCAACAUCCCGUCCGAAACCAACUCCAGCCGCCGUAGCUCCUCCACCGUCAGCAAGUCAGAGUACAUGGAGAUUGACGGAGACAUCAACAAUAGCAUCGACAACUUUAGGGAGGCGAACCUUAGAACUGGAAAUUGCACUAUCGCCACUCAGAACUGUGUGAACAAAAGCAAGCUGCUCACAGAUGUUUAGGCAUCGGCUAGGAACUCUUGGUCGUUCGUGUCACACGGGGAGUAGACCAUCUGAUAGGAAUGCUUCAUUUAGCUCCCAGAGCGCUCUACUGGCAUUAGGCCUACAACUAUCCUCAGCCGGAAAAAAAAAGAAGAGAAAAAAUACACAGUUGUUACAGUAUAUACCAAUGUAGAUAGAAUAAUUAAUUUUACUGAUCCAAUAACUAUAAUGUUAAGAAAACAUUGAUUACUACACAUAUACACAGCUCCUUAGAGGACACAGAGCACACCUUGUCUUGUCAGAUGAUGGUGUGAUAACUAAAAAUCUUAUGCAUGCACUACAGAUAACUGAUCAGCAAGCUGCACAAUGCACCAGAAAUGACUGCAGACAUUCAAGCCUCUAAGCCAGGUGGUUUCCGCCAAGAAGGUAGAUGACCCCCCCACCCUCCACCCCAAACCCUUCGCCUCCCCGCUCCCUCAACCCCUUUCCCUCUCCCCCUGCAAAGGAUCUGCUACUCAGCAAAGCACCUUAUAGUAGGAAGACUGCUCUUCUCUCUUGUUUUUGGAUGUAAACAGAUGGUGAACUGCUUGCUUCACGGACAUCUGCAAUGCUGCCGUUCACGCAGCAGCUGCCGUAAUUGUGUUAUCACCAAGUGAUCCGAUGCCAUGCCCUUUAGAUGCAUCACAGCACAACUUGUAAAAGUGAGCUUCAUGCGAGCAUGAUUUUAGAGACUUUCCAUUUGAUACCGGCAUGCAUGAGGCAUAUGUCACAAAGUAGGGGAAAGGAUGUUCUUUUGGAUGUCUGCCUCCAUUUCCCACUUCUCCCUAUGUUGCCAUACAAAGUGCACUGGAUGAGUUCUUUUUCUUUUGAACUGCUAAUCAUUUAGAAGUAUAGAAACUGAAUGUUAACUCUUAAGGGAACAGUACAUAAAUGAGAUCAUAGCAUGAAAAAAAAAAGUAACUUGCAUUAUGGCCUAACCACUAAGGUACUUCUGUAUCCUGGUAUAUUUAAUGUACGACGUAUACAGCAUGAUGUAUACGGUUUGUCGCGGUUCAUGCGUUUCGCGGUUUCCCCGUCGUCGGGGAAACUGAGGGAAUCGAAAAAUCUGGGUCUUUCUGAAUUGUGAUCAGAUUUACAGCAAUCCAACUUUUAGGCUGCGGAGUUUCUCACUUAAGAGUAGACAAAGAAAGUUACUAAGUAAUAUUGGAAAAUGCAUAUAAUCAUUAUAAGCACCAGUUACAGUAUUAGUCAAUAGAGGAGUGCAUGGACCUUCUUUGAGAACAAAAACAGUUGAUAUAUAUUUUCAGUCAUUUCUUGUUUUUAGUUUUCUUUUCUUCAACCACAAAGUUUAGUAGGAAAACCCCCCCCAAAAAAACGAGUCCACAGAAAAGAAUCAUGUUUCAUAGACGUAUUCUGAGAUUAGUUUCCAGUGCCUUUUAUCCCUUCCACCAACAGGAUCAGUGAAAGUGCCUCAGUGUGCAAACGGUGUUUGGGCAGAUCCGGUGUAUAUCAGUGUCAAACAUUGCAGGGUGUGAUGUUAGCCAAUGCUAGCUGAAGUGAGGUUCACACAGCAGGUGACUGUGGUACGUGCACAACCAAAUGUUCGUGCUGGCAUGCGUUUAAUGAUGCCAUUAAGCUGCAAUGGAUUGUUCUCUGCAUGUUUACCAUAUUCAUUCAAGAAAAAAAGAAAAAAAAAGAAAAAGAAAGAGUCUUCAUCCACUCCUGUUUUACUUCUCUGUGCACCGUGCAUCCUUUCAGGGUUUCUACCUCAGCGAGGUCAUUGCAAACUUGCGGAGCUGAAGGCUUCAAUGCAGGGCUUCCGAUACCUAUA